AUGACCAUUUUUCAGAGGGAAAAGGGAAGGGGCAAUGCGCCAUCUGACCAGAUCCCAGUCCCUGGCGCCUAUUUCCGAAAGCACCCUUCUGUGCCUCAUUUAUGCGACCAAAAUGAGUAUCGAAACCUUUACCAGAAGUCUAUCGAAAGCCCGGACCAGUUCUGGUCAUCUAUGGCCACGGCCUGUCUGAAAUGGGACGCUCUGUUUGACACAGUGCACCAUGGGAGCUUUGAAGACGGUAGUCAUGGCUGGUUUCUUGGUGGAAAGCUGAACGCCUGCUAUAACUGUGUGGACCGCCACGCGCUCGAUAACCCGGACAAGUUGGCCAUUAUUUAUGAGCGUGAUGACCCCGAAGAUGUACCACAACGAUUCACGUAUGGGGAAUUAUUGCGAGAUGUCUCGAAGCUGUCCUGGGUGUUGAAAGACCUCGGUGUACAGAAAGGCGACAUUGUGACCAUAUACCUGCCUAACGUUCCCGAAGCAGUCGUUGCCAUGCUAGCCUGUGCUCGCAUCGGCGCUGUUCAUUCCGUCGUCUUUGCCGGUUUUUCGGCCCCGUCACUCAGAGGCCGACUGGAUGAUGCCCGUUCAAGGGUCAUUAUUACUGCUGACCAAGGCGUUCGUGGCGGCAAAUUCGUUCCAAUGAAGAAUGUUGUUGAAGACGCACUCGCGGACUAUGAAGGUCCCAAAUUACGGUGUCUUGUCCUAAGAAUAACCGAAAAUCCAGUGCCCUGGUCUCAGAGAAGUACUGACUUCUGGUGGCAUGAAGAAUGCGCCAGGUGGCCGGGAUAUUGCGAGCCAGUGUCUAUGGGAGCCGAAGAUCCAUUGUACAUGCUUUACACGUCUGGCUCGACGGGAAAGCCCAAGGGUCUUAUGCAUACCACGGCCGGGUACCUGCUCAGUUGUGCCGUCUCGGGAAAAUACGUACUGGAUCUCCACCCCUCUGAUACGAUGUUCUGUGCCGGGGAUGUCGGAUGGAUCACCGGUCAUAACUAUCUCGUGUAUACGCCCUUGGUGCUUGGAACCACGACCGUAGUGUUUGAAGGGACCCCUGCGUACCCAGACUACGAUCGAUUCUGGCAGAUCCUCAAUCGAUGCGAAGCUUCCCACUUCUAUGCAGCUCCUACGGCUCUGCGGAUGAUAAAAAAGGCUCGGCCGAACGGAAGCAUUAAACCGCUGGAGCGAUUGAGGGUCAUUGCGUCGAUAGGCGAGCCUUUGGCGCCCAGUGUGUGGCAGUGGUGUUACGAAGAGCUCGGGCGUAAAGAGGCGCAUGUUUUGGAUACGUAUUUCCAGACAGAAACGGCAUGUCACGCGUUUUCCCCCCUGGCGGCAAUCACCCCUACCAAACCUGGCAGUGUGGCUGUGCCAUUCUUUGGCUUCCAACCAGCCCUCGUUGAGCCGGACUCGGGAAAAGAAAUUGAGGGAGGCGAGGGAAGAGGAUUGCUAGUGUUCAAGCAGCCGUGGCCGGGCAUCGCACGUACAGUGUGGGGUGACCACGCCAGGUACAUGAAGACUUAUUUCGAGGAACACAAGGGAUACUUUGUGACUGGUGACAGCGCUUACCGAGACCAAGACGGCUACUACAGCAUCCUGGGGAGAGUAGACGAUGUGGUUAACAUCUCAGGCCAUCGUUUAUCAACGGCUGAAAUUGAGUCCGCUCUUUUGGAUCAUGGUGCUUUCGCCGAAGUUGCAGUUGUUGGUAUUCAGGACCAACUGACCGGUCAAGCCCUGAACGUGUUUGCCUGCCUCAAAAACCAGGUUGAGGUGGACAAAGGGAAGCUUGGAUCAUCGGCAAAGCAGCAUAUUGGGGAAGUGAUUGGUCGCUUUGCAGUGCCCAAGAAGGUAUUUAUUGUGAGCGAUCUCCCGAAGACUCGUUCAGGAAAGAUCAUGCGACGACUACUUAGAAAUUUACUCGAGGGCGAGAUGGACCAGAUGGGCGAUACCUCUACUCUACUGCAACCAGCGGUCGUCUCGAAUAUCAUCGACGAAGUCAAUGAGCAGACACAAUCAGGGUCAGAAGUCACAAACACCAUAGAUAUUGUGAGCUCGUUAAAUGACAGCAGUUCGCUCACGCACGAUCCAUAUCCCUUCCCGGCAUACAAUCUCACCUCGUUGGAUCACAUCCUGCCCCCUUGCCACAUGUUCAUGUUCCUCUCUUUUGAUCACGCCUCCAUGGAAGGCAUUGAUGCCCUUCGCCACGGCGUCACCCGAUUGAGUGAACAUUUCCCAUUCCUGACCGGCGUGGUUGCUCCAUCGAGUCAACCUCUGGGAAAAACAGACGUGUUCGAAGUCAAACCAGCCAGUGCAGCAUUCCUUCGGGAGUAUCCCAUGCUCCAAGUGGCUUUUAACCCGGAGAUGGACAAGAUCGCGCAAGACGAGUUCAUCCAGCAGAAAUACCUACCUAUCCCCUUCUUGAUGGAUCCAGCGAAGGCUAUGCCUUUGGUGCGCUUUCAAGCAAACGUGACGGGACACAAGAUUAUCCUCUGCGUCGCGUAUAACCAUCGAGCGUUGGACAGCACAGGAGUGUCGGUGGUGCUCAAGAUUCUGUCCGAGUUCUGCAGAGCGCCUGAAACGACACCUGACGCGCUCUCGACCAGUGACGCAGCAGAAAAAACCGCUAGACAGCAUAUCGAGGAUUUCAAGGCCAAGGAACCACUGCCAUUUAACUGGACACCGGUUCCAUUAUCGUUUGACGCAGCCCCGACAGUAGAUCCCGCCCAGGAGCCCGUCAGCCGACACUUUAGCUUUAGUGCCCAGAAGCUCGCCGUGCUCAAGAACGCUUGCAAUUCAGUUAUUACUUCUGAGUCUCAUGGCGGCACUGAGAAGUCCAGCCUCUGUACAACCAACGACAUUAUCACCGCUCUGGUAGGGUUUUGUGGCAACAAGGCGCGCCAAGAAAUUGUGCCUGGAACCGUCUCACCACCGAAGGUCAUCAUAGCUGCAAAUGUGCGAAAGCAUUGUCAACUGCCUGCAAACUAUAUGGGUGACGCGCUUGUGCCGGUCGAAACCACAUAUGAUUCCCUCCGGCAAGUGCAAGGGAUGGCACAUCCAGAUUUCCCGGAAAGCUUGAGCCAGAAAGAGCUAGACCAGGUCUGUAGCAUUGCCAUCGCUCUGAGGGAGCAAAUUGGUUUAUUGUCGGAGAGUUAUCUGCAAGGCAUCCUGCUCAACAUCUCCAAUAGGAAUAGCCUCUCCUCAUUUCACCCAGCUUACGGUAGAAGCAUCAUAACAUCAAGCUUACGCUGGAUGGACUUUUAUCUGGACUAUGGACCUAUGGGAAGGGUCCAAAAAUACGACAUCCCAGAGACAAAGGUCAAAGGAGCCUGCUGGGUUCUGCCUGUACGAGAUCUAGAGGGGGAUGUCGCGUCGCAGCCAUUUGAGUUGAGAUUCGUUCUUGAGAGAGGAGCCAUGGAACGUCUUCAAGAGGACGGCUUGUUUAACUGGAUGACGAGAGAGUAG